AUGUCUAAAGCCGUGUAUAAUAAGUACAAGACGUCGAUCAUUGUGCUCGCACUGGUCCUUGUUCCGAUUUUCGUCAUCGGCUGCGCCUUCGCUGCUGCUCUGGCCUGCUCGGAAUUCUGGAGUUCCGACCGUCCUGCUGGUUGCACCUCCUGGGUCAGAUCGCAUGUGAGACGUCGCAGAAGACGUCCUGAUCCUUCGCCGGCCCCGUCUCCUGUGUCUACUGGCUCCUCUCAAGUCUCUUCUGUUUACCACGAUCCCGUUCAAAGUACGGAGACUGUUUGA